AUGUCAAAAGAACUAUUUAAUUUAAUGACAUAUUCAAUUUUUUCGCUUAUACAAAUAGCAUUUACAUUACUUGUUAUGGGUUUAGAGAUACACAUCAUCUUGUUUUGUAGGAAAACAUUAUAUAGUGAAGACGCUGUAUUCCCCCAGAAGUAUCCCCUCGUCUAUUUGUAUUUUUCUAUGAUAGCAGCGUUGGUAUUUAACAUCCCAUCACUUCUUACUGGGGUUCUUCAAAGCAAAAUAGCGGCAGUGUUUGGAAUCAUAUUCAAUGUCUUUGAAGCGGUUUUACUCUUUAUCGUGUAUAUCAUUACACAAAUAUUUGAGAAUGGAAUUUCUAACAUUUCUGAGAAGGACGACAUCUCUUCGAUGGAGCGCGACGCAAACUGUUGUGGAUGGAAAAGAUUGAAAAUAAGUGGGUGCAACGCACUUCAUCCAGAAAAUGUGAAGACGUCGUGUUACAAUUUGAGUGCAAAACCGUUUUUAGAGUCUGUGGAAUAUGCCGCUGAUAUGGAUUCGUAUGUUAUAAAGCUUGUUUGGUUGUUAGUGUGUGUGACUAUAGUCUUUAUGAUAUUCCAUAAAAACCAACAAAAAGAAAAUAUAAAAGCAGAAUAA